AUGGAGCGGAAGAGGAAAGGAGCGGAAAGAGCCAGGGAAGUGGAAAUCCUGCGUCCGCGUGGAAGUCGAGCUACCGACGACGACGACGGGUGGGCGAUCGUGGUGAUGGGGAAGGUGAACAUGACUUCUAAUUCUUCAGGAGAAUCUUACAACCCAAAAAGACCAGGAAAAAACAAACACCAAUGGUCUACUAUAGAAGAUGUUGCACUUACUGAAGCAUUGAUGCAAUUAAAUAAUGCUGGAGAUCUUAGAAAUAAGAAUGAGAAAGGUUUUAGGCCAGGACAUGGACUAAAGCUACAACAAAUGCUUGAGGUUAGUUUGCCUGGACAUGGAAUUAAGGCAAAACCACACAUUGAAUCACGGUUAAGAACUUUCCAGAAGUUGCACAAUGUUGUGCAUGACAUGUUGUUUGGAGUUGGUAGCAGCGGUUUUGGUUGGGACUCAGAAAAAAAACUUGUUACGGCUGAGAAUUCAGUGUGGGAUGAAUAUAUUAAGACUCAUGGAGAUGCAGAACAAUUUAGAUACAAGUCAUUGGCUUACUAUGAGGAACUUUCUGUCAUCUUUGGCGGAGACCGUGCAUCUGGGAAAGAUGCUCAAGUUCCUGCUGAUAUUGUGGAAGAAAUAGAUAAAAUUGCAAUUAAUAAUGAUGAAAGUAUAGGCGUUGAUGGGGAUUAUGCUUCAUAUGGCCAAGAUUUCAUAUUUGGAUCAAACAAAGAGAAUUCUAAGCCAAAAAGGAGAAAGACCGAGAGCAUUAAAGAUUUGUCUCAAGUUAUUAGAGAGGCGACAACUAUUCUUGGGGAAGAACUUAACAAUGCAAGUAACCGAUUAAGUAAAGCAUUGGAAUAUGACGAAGGUGUUGGGACCGAAAAGUAG